CACUAUCACAGCAUGAACGAGUUCUGCCAUUACGAUCUGCUGGACUCCAGAACUCAACAGAGAGUGGCUGAAGGCCAUAAAGCCAGUUUCUGUCUGGAGGACACGUCCUGCGACCCGGGAUACCACCGGCGCUACGCCUGCACGUCCCACACACAGGGUUUGAGUCCUGGUUGUUACGACACGUACAGCGCUGACAUCGACUGUCAGUGGAUCGACAUCACGGACGUCCAGCCUGGAAGAUACAUACUGAAGGUGACAGUGAAUCCAGGUUUCCAGGUGUCGGAGUCAGACUUCAGUAAUAAUAUUGUCCGCUGUGAUGUUCAUUAUACUGGAAACUACGCGCAUGUGUCCGGCUGCACCGUGAGUCCACACUAGCAGCAGAGACAUCCUCGACAUCCCUGAUCAUCUGUUCACCAGGAGAAAUAACGUCCAUUUCUGAAUACCUGUGAAAACAAUACUGCAGCGUUGUUAUUAUUAUUAUGACAGAGGUACGAGCUCUCGGGAUUCACAAAUAAACUGCAAAACACUCAUUUUCCUUAAAUAAAUAACCUAAAUAUC